AUGUUAUAUUCUAAACAUUGUUAGUCAGAUUUUGAUGGUUACGAGAAAGUAUAAGAACUUGGGAACGGAGCUUAUGGGAAAGUUUAUUUAGUUAGAAAAGAUGGGGAACUGUUUGCUUUAAAAACUGUGCCUAAAGGAAUAUUUAAUGAUUUAAGCGAAUAGUAGUUAUAGAAAGAAAUUUAGAUACACAAAAAACUAGUUCAUACAAACAUUAUUAAGUUGCAUUCUUAUUAUCAGGACAGACAACAUGUUCAUAUGUUGAUGGAGUAUGCAGAUGGAGGUUCUUUGUAUCAAAAACAUUUAACAUUGGAUGAGGUUCAAGAGUACUUCACCUAAAUUUGCAAUGGGAUUUACUAUUUGCAUUCAAAUAACAUCAUUCAUAGGGAUCUGAAGCCUGAGAAUAUAUUACUAAAAAACAAUGUGAUCAAGCUAUGUGAUUUCGGAUGGUCAGCUGAGGUGGGAUAUAAUAAAUAGAGAGAUACCCUAUGUGGGACUAUUGAUUACAUGGCUCCUGAAGUCUCCUAAGGGAAAUAUUCAUUCAAAGUAGAUACUUGGUCAUUGGGGAUAAUUCUGUACGAGAUGAUUCAUCAUUCUGUUCCUGCUAAUCCAAGGAAAUACAACUGUCCAGAGUUGGUUCAAGAUUUGAUUGAGAAAUUGUUAGUUCCUUAGGAUGAGAGACUUAACAUUACUGAGGUUCUGAAGCAUCCUUAUGUGAAACAAGGGUAAGAGGAAAGACAAUCAGUUUUGAGUGAGCAUUCGUUAAAUUUUAGCAAGUAUCAGGUGGAAGGGUUGGAAUUGUUUAAUGAAUUAGAUGUAUAUUUGGAGUAAUAAGAUAGAGCAAUAAUCAGAAUGACUGACAUCUUCAAACCUAGAUAAUCUAGGAAGGUGGCUGAAUAAUAAGUAACACAACAAACGCCGAAAAAGAGUUUUUUCAAUACAAUACUGGACACAUUGGGAUGUAUGAAUAGAAAAUAAAAUUAAAUUAUAUCAAUGAUAAAUAAUUCAUUUCGUAAAACGCUUGUUGGAUAUCUACAUCCAUUCAGUUGGCUCUCCUUCUAUUAUAAUGUAUCCACUUCACCUCAAUCUGAAUCUAUUUCUCCUAGAGCAAGGAUCAUGCGUCCAUCAAAAUAAAAGUUUAAUAUUUCUUUUAAAGAAUUUGCAAAGCAUUGUCAACGUCUCAAAGAAGAUGAACAAUCAGAAAUCACAAAGCAUAUUAAUUUGAUUCCACCAGCUACUUCUAAUGAGAUUUAAGAGUUUAUCAACUCAAAUAAGAUAGAAGGAAACAUUAGCAAUAUUGCAAAAGACUUUGAAUUUCUUCCUGCAGAAUACUAAUAAAUUCUAAUCUCCAAAAAAAUAACUACACCUACUCCUAUUCAAAAGGCUAUUUUCCCUCUAAUACUUGAGGGAAGAGAUGUGAUUGCCAUUGCUGAAACUGGAUCUGGAAAAACUUUAGCCUAUGCUCUACCAGGAAUAAUACAUUCUCAAGCACAGCCAAAAGUACUUGGCCCAAGAAUUUUGGUUCUUGCUCCCACUAGAGAAUUGGCAUAAUAGAUUUAAUCUCAAUAUGAACUUUUCACCAGAACUUGUUGUGUGUAUGGAGGGGUUUUCAAGAAUUUACAAUAUAGUGAAAUAUUGGGCAUUAAAGAAUCCAGAAAUAAAAUUAAUCUACCCUCAGUAAUUAUAAGCACUCCAGGCAGAUUAUUAGAUUUUAUGAAAGAUGGUUUGCCUUUGAAUUCAAUUACAUAAGUAGUGUUAGAUGAAGCUGAUAGAAUGUUAGAUAUGGGAUUUGAGGAUUAAAUUACAUAAAUUCUAUCGGCAGUUAGAGAUGACAGAUAAACUUUGUUUUUCAGCGCAACUUGGCCAAAUGAAGUCUAAAGAUUGGCUAAUUCGCUGUGUAAUUAAGAUCCUAUUAUGAUACAACUUGGAGAGUAAGGAUUGUCAGUCAAUAAAAAUAUCUAGUAAGAAGUCAUUAUUGUUUAUGAAAAUAAAUUUGAAAAAUUCGCAGAGUUAACAGAUAGAUUAAAGGGAUAAAAGUUGCUUAUUUUUUGUUAGAAGAAGUUAGACACUUAAAAAUUGGAGUAUCGGUUAUCCAUACAUGGAUUAAAAGCGAGAUAUUUGCACGGUGAUUUAAAAUAAGCUGAAAGAGACUAGAUUAUGGUAGAAUUUAAGUCUGGAGCAAUUAAUUGUUUGAUUACUACUAAUUUGGCAUCCAGAGGCUUGGAUGUUUCUGAUGUUGAUGUUGUUAUUAAUUAUGAUUUCCCAGACACUAUUGAAGACUAUAUUCACAGAAUUGGUAGAACCGGUCGAGCUGGCAAAAAAGGGUAGGCCAUAAGCCUUUUAGAACCAGCCUUUUUUAACAAUAGACUUAAAAACGAUUUGGUUUAAGUUCUUCAAUAAUCUGACUAAGUUAUACCUUAAGAAUUAUCUAGCUUAAGGUUAUGA